AUGUCUCAAUACCCUAGAGAUACCAAUACCUACACCCAAAAAUAUCAACCCGCCCUCCCCACCAUAGCCGAGCACCCAGCUCCGGGGUGUGCCUUCCGACCUCUCAAGCUCUAGGUGCAUCAACACCCAAAUGGCGCCUCUGGGUCGAGCAACCUGGCCCGACAAAGCUCAAAGAUCAACUUGCGCGCGUGCAGAAAAUCAUGGAGAGACGACGAGCGGACCCUAAGACCUGCCAUGAGAAUGGUGGUCCAGGUAUGAAUGCAGGGAAACCGGCAGUUUUGGGCACCCGAACGAUGAAUCAUGAGGAGGCUGUGGAGUUGGAGCAGAUGUUUACUUUUGAGUGGCAGAUUAAGCAGGAGAUUAAGGAGGCUACUUAUCGUUGA